AUGCCGCUCACCGAAUCGACGGCCUCGCCGAAAGAACUCGCGGAAACGCUGAAGAACGACGCCAAGGAUUCCGGCGCCAGCAGCUUCGUCGCCGUCUACGCGUCGCAUGUGGCAACGCCAGCAGGUGGUAGCCAGAGUUGGUGCGGCGACUGCAUCGCCGCGGAGCCGCUGGUCGAGAAGAAGUUUGGCGGCAAGUUCGGCGAGAAGUGCUGGGUCGUGUGGGCGGGGGAUAAGGCUGAAUGGCGGACGCCGGAUAAUGUGUGGAGGAAGGCUCCGUUUAGCAUCACGAAUUUGCCGACGCUGAUUAAGGUCACGCCUGAGGGGAAGUGGGAGAAGCUGGUUGAGGGCGAUGUCUACAACCAAAGGAAACUAGAUGCAUUUGUCGGAUUCUAG